AUGGGCGUAGAGUGGUUGUUGGUGUGCCAUGGUUUGGUCACUGCGGUGGUCGUUGUGUCUUUCCUCUGCGGUCGGUGGCCAAUCUUCGAAGGCACUUUCAUCCAACGCAUUCACUACUUUCUCACUUACGGCGCUUACGAUUACUUCCUGCGUUUCGUUGGCGCAGUUUUCGGCCAUAAGUGUACGGAUGCGAUUCUUUCGGUGGAAUAUUAUUGCUGCGAUCGUCCAAAUCCUCUUCUACAGAUCAUAUACAUUGUGAUAAUUGGCGUUACGUAUUAUUUCAUUGCCAAGUCUUGCUUUGCUUAUAUCCCUGGAUACUAUUUAAGUGGAAUUCACAGGUAUACAAGUUUCUUGGCAGUUGGUGUUGGAAUUCUGCUCUUUCUUUUGACCAGCUUUUCUGAUCCGGGGACGGUAAACACUGAGAAUGUUUCUCAGUAUAUUUCUGCUUAUCCCUAUGAUAAUAUUAUUUAUUCAGAGAAAGAAUGUUCCACUUGCAAAAUUCCAAAACCUGCUAGGUCUAAACACUGCAGCAUUUGUGCUCGCUGUGUUGCUCGAUUUGAUCAUCACUGUGGAUGGAUGAACAAUUGCAUAGGAGAGAAAAACACUCGGUAUUUCAUGGCUUUUCUAUUAUGGCAUUUCCUUAUAUGCUUGUAUGGAACAGUUGCCAUUGGCUUGGUUCUUGCUGGAAGACUAAGAGAAUUAAGAGUUGUUGAUAUUCUAACUGUUUAUUAUGGAUUAGAAAAUUCUUUUCUGGAUUUAGCUCCUAAUGUUGUGCAGUGGUUGUUGGGAUCUUACAACACUCAGAUACUUCUGAUGGUGUUCCUUGCAAUCAUUGGGAUGCUGUUAGCUGGUUUCUUUGGUUACCAUGCAAAGCUUUGCCUUACCAACACUACCACUAAUGAGACUUUUAAGUGGCAAGACUACCUGGAGUGGCAAAAGAAGUUAAAAGAAGCGAAGGUGAGUGCUGAAGCCCUAAAACAAAGUAUCGAUGGAAUUAGCAGUGAAAAGCAGCCCUUGUUGAGCAAAUGGAGAGCCUUCGUUCGAAAAUCGCCUCUCGAGGAUGUGGUAGUUGUUAAGAAUAAUGUUUACGAUAAAGGUUUCUUCCACAAUAUUCAGGAGGUUAUUUCUCCUUUCUCUUCAAGGCGGUCCUUCACACAAAACAAAUUGAAGUCCAGAUGA